AUGAAAAUAAUCGUUAUUUUAUGUGUCAUUGCUAUUGUAGUUUGUUCAGAAUUCUCAAAUAUGAACUUAGAAUCAGCUCUACAUGAAAAUGGAUCUGUUUAUGGAUGGAGAGAGGAUGAAUAGAAGACCUUUUAAAAUUGGGUCAAAGAAAAUUAGAGAACUUAUAAUAACGAAUUCGAAUUGAUCUAUAGAAUGGAAGUUUUCGUUAAGAACUAUAGAGCAAUGAAGGUAUUAUAUAAUUUGAUUGAAUCAUUUAGCAUCAUAACGAAUAAUUACCAAAAGAUGUUUGGGGAUUAAACAAUUUUGCAGAUGAGACUAAUGAAGAAUUAGUGGAUAAAUUAUUUAUGAAGAGAGAUUUUGAAACACAUUAUGAUUUAUUUAAUGAGGAUGAUAUCAAUGCUAUUCGAUCUGAUGCUUUAAAUCACAAUUCCUUUUUAUAAGCUGAUAAAACUGUUGUUGUUAAAAAAGUUGUCAAAUAAGCAACAACAGCAUCAAAAAAAGUAGCCGCUGAACCUGUUAAGAAUCCUCCUAGUUUAGAUUGGUUAAAAUAAGUAAUAAUUAUUGAGAUUAUAUUAAGAUAACUGAAGUACAAUAAUAAGGAAGAUGUGGUAGUUGUUGGGCAUUUGCUGUAUCUGAUGUCACAAUCAGUAGAUUAUCAAUAGCAAAUAAAAAUAAGUUAGAUUAAUUAUCAAAAACUCAUCUAAUUGAUUGUGCUGAUGGAAAUACUGCAGGAUGUGAUGGAGGAUCAGUUGGAGAUGCAUUUGAAUUUAUCAACAAAUAUGGAACAGUUUACGAAAAAGAUUAUAGAGAAUAUGAUUAAAAAGAAGAUGAAUGUUCAAAACCCAAGGGAAGUAUUGGAUAUAAACAAUUUAAAUCGAUUGAAGGACUAUCUAAAUUCACAAAUAAUGAUAUAGAAACAGCAAUGCAAGAUGGACCUGUAGCUGCUCUAAUGUAUGCUGAUGAGAGUUGGUUAAGAUAUAAAUCUGGAAUUAUUAAUACUUGUAAUUAUCCUAAAGUCUCCAAUUAUCAACAUGUAGUUGUAAUUGUUGCUUAUGAUACAUAAACUUGGUUUGUUAAAAAUUCUUGGGGAUAAUAAUGGGGAAUGGAAGGAUACUUUUAAGUUCAAAAGAAUGGAGAAGAAAAUUGUUUGGAUAAAAUUAAGAAAAUUACGUUUCCAUAGAUCUGA